AUGACUGUUGACUACACCUGGUGGAAAGACGCCUCCAUCUAUCAAAUCUGGCCUGCUUCUUACAAAGACUCCAACGGAGACGGAGUUGGAGACAUUCCAGGUAUCAUCUCCACCUUGGACUACGUAAAGAACUUGGGCAUCGACAUUGUUUGGUUGUCCCCAAUGUUCGACUCUCCUCAAGACGACAUGGGUUACGACAUCAGCGACUACGAGAAUGUGUACCCCAAGUACGGAACCCUCGAGGAUAUGGACAAGUUGAUUUCCGAGGUCCACUCUAGAGGCAUGAAGUUGAUCUUGGACUUGGUUAUCAACCACACCUCCUCCGAACACAAGUGGUUCGAAGAGUCCAGAUCCUCUAAGACGAACCCAAAGAGAGACUGGUACAUCUGGAAGCCCGCCAAGUACGACGAGCAGGGCAACAGACACCCACCUAACAACUGGGGUUCUUACUUCUCUGGCAGUGCAUGGAAAUACGACGAAUUGACCGAUGAGUACUACUUGCAUCUUUUUGCCGAGUCACAGCCAGACCUUAACUGGGAGAAUGAGGAAACCAGACAGGCCAUUUACAAAUCCGCAUUGAGCUUCUGGUUCGAGAAGGGUGUGGACGGUUUCAGAAUCGACACUGCUGGUAUGUACUCCAAGGUGCAGACCUUCCCAGAUGCCCCAAUUGUGUUCCAGGACCAGGAGUACCAGCCAUGUAAGCUCUACCACCAGUCUGGUCCAAGAAUUCACGAGUUCCACAAGGAGAUGUUCCAGCAAGUCACUUCCAAGUACGAUGUAAUGACAGUGGGAGAAGUCGGUCACUCGACUCGUGAGGAUGCCUUGAAGUACGUGAGUGCUAAGGAGAAGGAAAUGAAUAUGAUGUUCUUGUUCGAUGUGGUUGAGGUGGGUUCAGACCCUAAGGACAGAUUCCGUUACAAUGGCUUCACGUUGCCAGACCUUAAGAAGGCUGUCCAGAACAUGUGCUCCUUCGUCGAAGGCACUGAUGCCUGGGCCACUGUUUUCACUGAGAACCACGACCAGCCUAGAUCAAUCUCUCGUUUCGGUAACGAUUCGCCAAAGUUCAGAUUUAAGAGUGGUAAGAUGUUGGCACUCUUCCAGGCUUCUUUGACCGGUACCUUGUUCAUUUACCAGGGUCAGGAAUUCGGUAUGUGCAAUGUUCCAAGGGACUGGCCCAUCGAGGAGUACUUGGACAUCAACACCAUCAACUAUGUCAAGAACUUCAAGGCUACAAAUGGCGAAAAGGGCUUAGAUAAGUUGAUGGAUUCAAUUAACUUGUUGGCUAGAGACAAUGCUAGAACCCCCGUUCAAUGGGAUGACUCGGCCAACGCAGGCUUCUCCACUGGUAAGCCUUGGAUGAAGGUCAACCCUAACUACACUGAGGUCAACGCUGCUUCGCAGGUUGAUAACCCUAACUCCUUGUACAACUUCUGGAAGAAGUCCUUGGAGGUUAGAAAGCUGCACAAGGAUCUCUUGAUCUAUGGUAACCUAGAGAUCUUAGAUUUUGACAACGAGAAAGUCUUCUCUUACGUCAAGACAUCUGGUAACUCGAAGGCUUAUGUUGUGUUGAACUUCAGCACUGAAUCAAUCAAGUUUGAGAAGUUGGUUGAUGGUGAUUUGGAGCUCCUCAUCUCCAACGAGGAGCUGUACGAAGAGAGCACUUUGAGCCCAUACGAGGGUAGAAUUUACCUUUUGAACUGA